AGCAGGGAAUAAAUUGAACGCGCUGGGCGUGUGGUAGAACGACGCGCCUUCCUCCAAUAUAAAAGUAUCGUUAUAAAUAAACUUAGUGGAACUACGGGCGAUAAUGUCAGAGAAAGUUGAAUAUUGUAAAAAUGGUGUGCAUUGAGAAGCAUUAGGAAUCUCACUUUAUUGAAGGACCGGCUACCAGCCCCAGUAUAAGAGUCCAUUAUCGCACGUCAAACCGAACGUUAAUCAUCAUUAAACGUUGUAUUUUUAUCUCAAAAAAGUGACCCAAUUAUUUACAACUUAGAGGAAAUAUGUCUCUGAGUGCCAGUGCUGAAAAUUUAUCUGGCGAUGGCCAAAAUGGUGCCAGUGAUAGCAAUAUGUGCUUGGAAUUGGCAUUGGAAGGAGAACGUCUUUGUAAAUCUGGAGAUUGCAGAGCGGGUGUUGCAUUCUUUCAAGCAGCUAUUCAAGCUGGAACCGAUGACUUGAGAACUCUCAGUGCCAUUUACAGCCAAUUAGGAAAUGCUUAUUUCUAUUUAGGAGAUUAUGUAAAGGCUAUGCAGUAUCAUAAGCAUGAUCUUACACUUGCUCGAACUAUGGGAGACAAAUUAGGAGAGGCUAAGUCCAGUGGAAACUUAGGAAACACACUCAAAGUCAUGGGAAAAUUUGAUGAAGCCAUGAUAUGCUGUAAACGCCACUUAGAAAUUUCUAGAGAACUGGGAGACAAGUUGAGUGAGGGAAGAGCGCUUUAUAACCUAGGCAAUGUGUAUCACGCAAAAGGAAAGCAAGUGGGUAGAGUUGGUCAACAAGAUCCUGGAGAAUUUUCUGAAGAUGUUAGACAAUGUCUCCAGCAAGCAGUGCACUAUUAUGAGGAAAAUUUAGAGCUCAUGCGUGAACUCGGUGAUACAGCCGCUCAAGGAAGAGCUUGUGGAAACUUGGGAAACACAUUCUACUUGCUAGGAGACUUUCAACGGGCGAUUCACUAUCAUAAUGAGCGACUAAAAAUUGCUCGCGAGUUUGGUGACAAAGCAGCUGAAAGAAGAGCUAAUAGUAAUCUUGGCAAUUCUCACAUAUUUUUGGGUGAAUUUGAAAAGGCUGCACAACACUACAAGCGAACACUGAUCCUAGCACAAGAGCUAGGAGAUAGAGCCGUGGAGGCACAAGCCUGUUACUCCCUAGGGAAUACGUAUACUCUUUUACGGGAUUAUCCAGCUGCUGUGGAAUAUCAUCUUCGACACCUGGUGAUUGCUCAGCAGCUAAUGGACCGCGUCGGAGAAGGUCGCGCCUGUUGGUCUUUAGGAAACGCGUAUUCUGCAAUGGGCAAUCAUGAGAAGGCAUUGCACUUUGCUAAUCUACAUCUGAAUAUUUCCAAGGAACUUGGUGAUCCUAUGGGACAAGCAACAGCACAGAUGAAUGUCGCAGGUCUGCAAGAAAUCUUAGGAAUGGAAAAAAGUGAACUGGAUGCGGACAAAGGUAACGGAACAACACGUUUACUAUCCACGAAUACAGCAUCCAGUAUGGCAGCCUCAUCUCCAGGAAGGUACAGACUCCGUCGACAGAGCAUGGACAACUUGGAUCUUAUUAAGUUGACGCCUGAUGGAAAGCAGAAAGAUUCCGGCGAGCCACCACCAGCUAGAGCAGGAAUAGCACCUCAGCCAUCCCAAGAAGAAGAAGAGGAGAAUUUCUUUGAGCUUCUUUCGCGUUUCCAAUCUGGUAGAAUGGAUGAUCAGCGGUGUGCAUUACAUGCUAAUCGGAAACCUCGCCCAAGGCCCAGGAUACCAUCGCCAGAGAAGGAAAAAGAUGGCGAAGACCUUUUGGAACUUAUCGCAGGAAUGCAGAGCAAGAGAAUGGAUGAGCAACGAGUAACGCUACCUUACUUACCUGGACUGAAUACUAAUAGGAAUAAUCAAGCGAUCAACAGAACGGCAGUGCAGCCGCAACAGGAUACUGACGAUUCUUUCAUAGAGAUGCUCGUACGCUGCCAGGGAUCUCGAUUGGAGGAUCAGCGAAGUCCUCUUCCAACUGCUUCGACGCUACACGAUGCGGAAGAGGAACAGAACCAAAGAUCUAAUGGAAAUACUCAAUCAGGUGCGACAGUACCAGAAGAAGAUCUUUUUGCCUUGAUCCAAAGGCUCCAGGCUGGCCGUAUGGAGGAUCAGCGUGCCUCAGGUCCGGCUAAGACUCACUAGAUUGGUAAGAGUUCAUCUUGCAAUAACACGACUCCGAGAACAUUAUAGUUGUUCGCUUCAUAUCAAAUUUUAUUAAAAAAAAAAUCUAGGAAUAUUAUCUCCGAUUCUGGAUUUUAAAAACUCGACUAUGUAUAGAUAUUAUAUAUAAAACGGGCCACCUUAUCGCACAGUAACACCUUUAGUAAAGAUAUUUCAGUUCAGAAUCUUAAGCAGAUUAAUUCCACAAAUGUCUUAUCGACACUGCCAAGAUUACAUUGAGAAUAUCUUGAACAUAAAUGUGGCCCAGCUCUAAAUGAACGUUUCUAUAACCAUUUAAUAUUCAUGGGUUUUUUUUUCUUAAGUAAUCUCAGAACUGAUCUUCCUUCCAAGGAUUUAUGAAUUGUGCCAAAAAGAGAAGGGAAAUGCGAGUAAAAAAACUAAAAUAAUAUCUUAUUAUAAUAAUCGAUGAAUCUUCAAAUGCGAGGCUGUUGUACAAAAAUAUCAUGUAAAAACGCCAGGGAAACUAAUUUGAACGGCCAGUCAUUCUAUACUUGAAUGAUAAAGAAUAAAAGUAUAUUAAAGAAAUCACUAAAAUCCUUGCUGAAAGAUCAUAAGAAAGUCCUUAGAUUAUUAAAUGUGAUAUGUUAAGUAAAUGCGUGCUCUCUUGUUGACAAGUAUACAAUAAGCUUAAACCGUUAUAAAUUAUGUUGUACCAUGGAGUCAUUCAAUAAGGGUCACUCACCAUAAGCUGUACCCAAAAUAGGGCCCUUAUAAGCAGGAUAUAUCCAGAUAUAACAGAAAUGAAUUAAAAAGGCCAUAAUGAUAGUAUUUAGUAUCGCAUUAAUCAGUAAAUAUAAUCAUUCAAAUUCGACAAUGCCGAGAUCUUCUAUAUUUAAUGAAAUAAAUGGAAAAUGACGAAAGCUAGGCUUAAUAUCCACAGAGUAUAAAAUUUAUCAAGCGUUAUAAUAUAGUUUAUCAAACGCCAUUCAUCGCGUCUACACAAUAUGUACUCCCUGAUAUAUUUAACCGUGAGAUUUGUUCUACAUGUAUUUCGUCGUGUAAUAUCCAAUCGACGUAAUGUGAACAUUAUAAUAAUACAUUAUCGAAAUGCAUGAGAAUCUCAUUGGGUUUGAGAGAGUCUAAUAAUUAUAAAUAAAUAAUUAAGUAACAGCUGGACGCCGUUAUGCCGAAGGGAUGCUAGAUAAUCAAAUAAAAGAUAAUGACAAAUACAGGGACUUUAGUUAGUAUUUCAUCUAAGAGUUAUCCAACUCAUUGAAUAUAAAGGGCGCUAUUAUAUUAUAGAUGCAAAAUAUUCAAUUGUUAGAUUCUAUAUAAAGGUCCAAUGUCCCUGGUAUAUGCAUUACAACACAAGUAACAUGUACGUAAGAAUGCACAAGUGACGAAGAACCCCACUGUGAAUUUUAAGGAAUAUCCUUUCUUUCUUUAAAAUGUUUACAUCUUUUUAUUAUUGUAAAGAGCUGGAACGUUCCACUCCACUCUAGAAUAUGUAUUACCCUUGUGAUAAGAAAUAUUGGAACGUAUCUGUGGGUGUUUCAUAGUGACUAUUCUUACCGAAUACUUUGUCGAAAAAAAAGAUGUGACUGUGCAUACUCCUAGCUUCGUCGUAGAACCUAUAUAUUUUUUAUUAGCAUUACCUUGUCGCAGUCGAAAUCUGUUUUUUAGACUUACGGCGCAUUAUCCUAUGUACUUGUAGUUAGCAUUAUUUGAAUGACGAUUGUUCUCUUCAUGAUUUUAACCGAUUUUCUCGUGAGGAUUUUACGAGCGGAAUAAGCAAAACACAUUCCAGUAUCCAUUUCGAAUGUUCUACGUAACGAUAUUGGCGAGACAGUGAAAGAGUAAUGAAAAAUCAAUAAAGAUAUACUUUUUUGAAAA